AUGCGGUCUAGAGAUGCGGAUCACCCCGAAAUCGAUAUUUUGGAAAAUGCUGGUCCGUCUAGACAAGCUAUGCGGCACGGAGUCUCCAACAACGUAUACUUUCACCACGUGCAAGACGGCUUGAACGUCACAAGCAACAAAACUACUUCAUCGACCGCCUUAAUUCUCGACCUUUGCAAAGGCAACACUGACACACCAGAGCUGUUAUCCUUAACUGCUGUUCUCCCUGUGGUUCCUUCAUCGCUGGGCUCCUUGGAGACGCAAUUACGGACUCUAUUGGAAUAUUCAAGAUAUCUCUCAGAUAUUCUCAUUACCUAUCCUGCGGCGCUGCAAUCACAAAUCAGAAGAUCUAUGCUGUCGGUGCUCGCUUCCGGUGGGCACUCCGCCCACGUCGAGAUGUCACUGUCCACCUGGCCAUCUGGAACGGAUGAAGCCACGGCUGUUUUUCAUGUUGCGCAGCAGGCUGCAACCACACAUGUCCUUCUUCUCGGAAGUGACGGCUUGGAGACCUUCGAUGAUCGUACCAAGGAGAUUCUUCUCCUUCUUGAGCCGUUCUCCACAAUGAUGCCACUCGGUCCUCGAGGAUUGAUAGGCAACGCUUGUGUCACACCUUCCGAAACUCCCCAGAAAGCUGACUACCUUCUCCCGCCAUUUUUGCUGCCGACUUCUCUGCUACCCUUGGAGUACUUUCCUGCAUACACUUGGAAAACCCUCGGAGAGCGCAUGUCUCAAACGCAGCCUGGCUUGGCAGGAGGAUUGGUCGUGGGCUCUAGCAAUUCUUCGUCCGCGGGCUGCUCUCAGACUGUGACGUCAAUUUCUGAAGAAGUGCUGCCGGACAUACCUAUGCUUGCCGAUGAUUAUUCACUGCAGCCUGUGGAAUCGCUGGGUACCACGAUUCUGAACGACACAUGCGUCGCGGAGUAUGAUAGAAUACCGCUUUCCGGUACCUUUAUGCUGCUCCUCGAUAGUACCGCAGACUUGCGAUCUUUCUCCUCAGCUGCAUGUCGCCUCCAAACGGAUGGCCAUGAAAUAACUACAGUAGUCCGUUCCAGCGAGUCUGAUUUGGUCGGCCGCGGGGAUUUCGACGUGGACGAUUGGCAUGUUCCUCGGGUUGAUAUUUCCGUCAUCACGAACGACAGACCACACUCGCUGGAACGGCUUCUGACCUCUCUCUCUAGUGCACGAUAUUUCGGCGACGCCCUGAACCUCCGCGUUAAUAUGGAGCAGACAGCCGAUCCGGAAACCUUGCAGGUCGUGAACGUGUUCCGUUGGAACUACGGCCAAGUGUUUCUACAUCGUCGUGUCAUUCAUGGUGGUCUGCUUCCUGCUGUGGUCGAAUCUUGGUAUCCGCACUCCAACAAUUCCUACGGACUAAUCUUGGAAGAUGACGUGGAAGUCUCGCCACUAUUCUACGCCUGGAUCAAGAUGGCGUUGCUUCGCUACAGAUAUGGACAGCAGGAAGAUCGAUCUUCGCAAUUAUUUGGCAUCAGUCUCUAUCAGCAGAAGAAUCUUGAAUUGCGUCCCGACGGGCGCCAUCCUUUCAACGCCCGGAAUGCAUUCGCAGCUGUAGGCAUCGCGAAUCCCAACACUCCAUACUUGUCACAAAUUCCGUGCAGCUGGGGCGCAGUGUACUUCCCCGAGCAUUGGAAAGAAUUCCACUCUUAUCUAUCGUUCCGUCUCUCGGAGUACGCCUGGGAUACGGAUCAAGUGGUCAUUCCAGGGGCCAGGUCAAACAAAUGGACACGAUCCUGGAAGAAAUACUUCAUCGAACUCGUGUACCUGCGUGGAUACAUUAUGCUAUACCCUAACUUCGACGACUAUGUCUCGCUGUCUACCAAUCACUUGGAAAUAGGCUCGCACGUCAAGAAUAUGUCGACCGAGGCUUAUCUUCGAAAGAAAAGGAUGUUUCUCCUGCCCUUGAUGGAACUGCCGAGCCCAGAGCAAGCAAGCGGUCUGCUGGAUCUCCCCAAUGGCAGGCUGCCUUCGUGGUCAUCCUUACCGUCACUCGAUCUACUCGGUCUGCCGGUGGACGAGAAGGCUAUGAUCCAACGAGGUCUAGCACGCAAGGCGGAGUUGACAGGUUGCGACGAAUGGGUAGCUGAACGCGGCAUACCCUCACACGAUGUAUGGGAUUUGCUUUGUGACAGCGACCAGCUAUUCCAUCAUAAGUUCCGCGAAGGGAGCACUGGCCAAUAA